GGGUGGGCGCGGUGGGCCCGGACAGACAGCCUGAGGGGGGCUGUGCCGGCCUUGUGGCUCUUUCCGGGGUUUGACAGCCUCAGUGUUAUUAUUCUAAAUGAGCCGCAGUGAUAUUGUUAUAAAUCAAGAGGGGAUAAUUGAGUUUCUCAGCAAGUGGGUGCUAAAGGCUUCUCUGUUGUGAUCAGUUCGUUGGCAUAAGUGUCCUGAGAAAAGAAACGGAGAGCAAGGAUAAGAAAUCACCGAUAGGAGCAAAUGUAAGAAUGAUGAUAAAGAAAAAGAGAAAAGACAUUCAGGAGGAGCCUGUACAGAAGAAGAAAAAGGUGAAGACUGUCAUUAAAAUUGAGGAAGAUGUUAAAACUGUCAUUAAAACUAAGGACAAUGGCCAACUCAAGGAAAAAACUAAGACAAGGAAAAAGGAGAAUUUAAAAGAUGAAUGCUUACACAAAUUUCACUCAAAGAAUACUAAGAAAAACAAGAAGCCGAAAGUUGGCUCUGAAUUAUUCAGAGAAGGUAAUUUAGAAAGCUUUGUAAAUAUAAAAGAUCAUCUGGAUUUACAACUUCAAGAAGAACCAGAGGAACAAAUUAAAAUAUUCAAAAAGAAGAAAAAAAAAGUCCAGUGUCAUUUCUCCUUGGAGAAUAAUGAGGAUAGUGACGUGGAGCUUUCAAAUCAUCGCACAUAUGGUACUAAGAAAAAUGAAUUCUCUUCUAAAAAAAAGAGAAAGCAUACUGCUUUGGAUUUGGAUGGUGAGGUAACAAAGAAAAAAAAGAAGAAAAGCAAAUUUUCAUUAGAGGACAUCCAGGACACUGAACAAAGGCAAUAUGCAAAAGUCUGUAAAAACACCCACAAAUACACUUCACAAAAAGCAGUUUUUAUGUGUGAAGACUAUAACACAGGUAAUGCCCAGGAUGGUGGGGAGAGCUGUGUGAGAAAGAAGAAAAAUAAAAAGAAAGAUAAGUCAGACUGCUUUUUACCACUGGCACAUAAUGAGAGCAACAUGCAUCGAAUUCCUGGUAGCCCCACUGCAUUAAACGACUUCAGAAAAAGGAAGAAACAUAAUUCCUGGGAGUUUACAUGGACAAGCAGAGAGGAAGAGGACAAAAUUAAGAACUUUGAGCAUAUCGAAGAGAGGAAGAAGAAGAAGAAGAAAAAAAAAGCUAUUUAUUCCUCAACCUGUGAAGAUAAGCCAAACUGCAGUCACAGCAUUCCUGAUAAGCAUCUCCCAGCACAGCAAGAAGUUGAGCUUGAGGAAGAAGAGCUGUCUGGAAAGAAACACAGGAAGAAUUUCAAGGAUAAUAAGGAAGUCAGUAAGAAGAAAAAGAAGAAGAUUAAGAAAAAGGAGGAGGAAGGAACAUACUCAGGAGUUUCUUUAGACAAAUACAGUGCUUCUAAAAGCCAAAAAGUACUGCUGGGAAGCAGUAAGAAGAACAAAGAGAGUAAAAUGGAGCGAGCUCAGUGUGUCACAGGGGACACUGUAGAUGGGACAUUAUGCAGUAGUAAUCCUGUCCUGUGUGACAGAAAAAGGAAAAAAAGGGAAAAAGUACCACCACAGGACUUAGCUGAAGAACCAGGUUCAAAAGCAGCUGCAAAAACCAUCAAGACAGAAUCAGAAUGGAAUGAGUCAGUGGAACAUCUAGAUGGUGUAAUUAUUGUGAAGGAAAAGAAAGGAAACUGUGAUGAAAUUAACAUAGACAAGGUGAGGAGGCAGGCCCUGCAAGAAGAAAUUGACAGAGAAUCUGGCAAAACCAAGGCUUUCAGUUCCAAAGUGGGACAGGACUGCCAGAAUGCCUAGAAAGCUGGAAUAUGCCUGAAACAAAUGCCAGAGACAACUCCUGUAGAUCUAACAUAGUGGGAGGGAGUCUGCAUUGCUCUGGAACUGCAACUGUCUAAUAGUCUCUGGAGUCAUUGAGAAAAAUGACAUCCUUGGCAGGAGAUCUCAGCUCUUUGGCACUGAUCUGUCUCUGUUUAGUAGUGUGCAGAAGAAUAGAAGCUGUGAAAACUAAUUCAUCAGCUCCACAAAGUGAGCUGGAAAUGCUUCAGCAGAAGCUGUGUGUAGUGCCUGCCAGCAGCUCACUUAAAAACAGAGUUUUGACAAGCCAUAAUUAUGUUUGCAUCUGUGCAGAUGUCUCCCAUUGCAAAGGGAGGACUUACAUUUAUUUAUUUGUGUUGUGUGUGUAUCUGGAUGUGUGCAUGUGUCUGUGUCACAGACUGGGCUUGUGCAGCAACUUGCAAGGUCAAAAGGCUGAAGGAUUAUGGGUUUCUUCCUUUCAUACCAGGUACUCAGGCCUGUGAUAGUGAAUAUACUCCAGCCUUGCAUUUUUUUAACCUUUUUUUAACCCUGCUGUAGCUUGCCUGCAGUUGUGUAGCAUGCUGUGUGUCAUGCUGUUUGUCUGCUGGAGAAUGACUGUUUCAUGCAAGCUGCAACUGUUCUGUUGGAAGGAUUUCAGGCUGACAUAAACAUAUCACUGAAUUAACUUUUUUUUCCUUUGAUGUAGCCAGCUUAGUCAGUUUAAUUAAUAAUCAGACAUUCUGCCAUUUAGUAUCAUGCCCAGUUUUAAAGAAAAAAUUCUGAGUAAAUCCUGCCAAAAAUAUUUAUAAGUGACUGCAGAGCUAUAGCUCAGGAGUCACACACACCCUUGAAUAAUGAAGCCUGUUCUUAGGUAAGCCAAAAGUUCAUGAACUCUGUAAAUCCUAUGGUGUAUCUGGGGUUUUCCACAAACAGCUGAAAUCUCAUUUUAGCUGGAUAUUGCCUCCCCAGAAAGGGGCCAGAAUCUGCAGACAGAAGAAAAAUCCUGAAGGGGUGAAGUAGUCCAGAGAGUGCAGUUAAAUGCAGAUACAGUAAAUACAAAGAACACAGCAAACUGCAAGGGAGGAGAGGCUUUAAGAGAACUAGACUU